AUGAAUCCCACACAAGUUGCCAAUGUGGGGGUCGCCCCUCCUGCAUUUGACAAGGAUCAAUACCGGGGAGAAGUCCUUGGUCUCUCCGGCGAAGCAGAGGAAGCGCGGGCACAACAGCUCCUGGAUGAUGCGCGGGCUUUGGGUCUCAAAGUUCCCGAAAUCGAGGUCUCCGCUCCGCUGGCAGCAUCAAUGGCCUCGGGACUAGUGGAUUUAUCUUCGCCUGUGCUCUCAUCGGGGUCCUCGGCGACAGAUCAAAAUUCCAUUGGCGAUGGUUCCAUCACUCCGUCGCUGGACCCGUUGAGUUCAGCGCGGCUCAAUGAGGUGGUGUCGUCCCUGUCCGACGUGACAAUUGCGUCGGAACAGGUCAAGGCGGGAAGCACCAGAUCGCUGGCGUCACUGUCCACACGACCCACGUCCUAUUGCUCGAGCGAGAGUCGCGCAGUUCUGGAGAAUGCCGGCAGCAGCAGCGGCACCUUUUCACCGUCCCAUCGCCAUUCGAUACUCAGUUUCGCCUCGGUGGAUAAGAAAGAGAAGCGCCGCCAUAGCCUGAAAAAUGCCAUCGGACGGAUAUACUUUCGCAAGAAACGAACCCCGUCCUCCGUCAUACUGCCGCCCGAUGCGCACAUUGUGGUCUCCAAGGGCGAAGGUGGAGUGGUGGAUCAUGUUUUCAUCGAGACACGGCCAGGACGGUCCUCCACAAGUCCCGACGGCGACUCAGGCUCGAGCAGCACGGUCGACUCUCUGCCGCGGCUGGAAAUCCCCAUAUAUGAUCGAGAGUCUGUGCAGCGCAGUGCGGAGGAGCCACGAUUGGCGGAGAUGUUGGAGCGACAUCAACUCGAAAGAGACCGUCACGUCGCCUUCCAGGAGACGGCCCUGAGGAUAUUGCGCCAAAGGCAUCAGGCCGCCAUCUCCACGCGACAGAGUGAGAAUGAGCGUUUAGAGGAGGAAAUGCGCGAAAAGAAUCUCGAACACGCCGCUCGUAUGGAAGAACGUCAACUGGUCGUCGAAAUGGAGCAACAACGUGACUUUCACCGCGCAAAGCAAAAUUCACGUACACGCAUCAAGCACAUGGAGGGGUACUUUCGAAAUGCCAGCCCACCGCCCUCUUCUUCGCCUGCGACGCAGCAUUCUUCUGAAUCCUUUUCCGGGUCCGAGUCAACCACUCCACCCACGCGUCGCUUCACCCGACAGCAGAAGGAACAACUAGAGCGGCAGUACCGCGAUCACGAGAUGAUGGAUGCGCUCCACGAAGCUCGAAUCAAGGUACUCCGAGAACGCCAGGAACUCAGACUUCAAGAAGCCAUGGCACGGAUGGAGCGUGAGCUUCACCAGAUGUGUGCCGAAAAUUCCAAAUCCAUCACUGCCAUGCAGGCGGACCACCGUUGCGAGGAAUCGAGUCUCAUCCAAGCACUGGAUUCCCAGAAAAUCGCGCUACGGCACCGCUGGAAUCUCGAAGAGGCCAUUUUGCGCAAACAACUGGAAAUAGAAAACGGGCAUAUAUACGGACCCUUACCGCCGAUCUCCUUCAGCAGGACUAAUACCAACGCCAUCGAUCCGGCUUCUAAUUCCAAGGGUACCCCUGCCCCUGCAACCCACCACGACAGUCAGCCGACCCAGGAAGACGCAACUUAA